UUUCUCCUCCCCCCAAGGCCAAAGGCCCCAACCGCACCCGUCGCCCCAACAAAACCUCCGAGCAGAUCACGACCUCCGCCAUCCCGCUUAACCACACCACCCUACCUUUCCUCCCCUCUUACUUCUUCAGCACUCUGCUAGCCUCAAGCUUGCUCUUCCCCUUCUCUCCUCUCUCCCAGAUCUCCGACGCUCGACGCGCCGCGGAUCCUCCUCCCGGUCGCGUCCUGAUGGCGUCCAGGUCGGUUUCUUGACCCCUCGAUCCUGAAUCGAUCCGACGGUUUCUUGCUUCGUGAUGGAUGUCGUGGAGCUUGCUGCGGCGGCGAGGCAUGGAUGCAAGGUCUGCGGGAAAAGCUUCCUGUGCGGCCGGUCGCUUGGAGGACACAUGAGAUCGCACAUCUCGCUCGGCGAGGCGGCGCUGGAGGUUCACGCCGACGACGAGCUGAGGCGUGCUUCGCCGAAUGGUGGCCGGAACUGCAAUGGAGUGGUCGGGUACGGGCUGAGGGAGAAUCCCAGGAAGACCCGGCGGCUAUCCGACUUCGCCAACGAGGAGGAUGGCGGCCAUGGCGUUGGCGAUGGCGAUGGCGAUGGUGAGCAGCACAAGGCGUGCCGGGAGUGCGGGAAGCUGUUCUCGUCGUGGAAGUCUCUGUUCGGGCACAUGCGGAGCCAUGCGUCCGGCGGCAGGUAUCACGACGACGAGGAUGACGUGGACGUGGAAGAGGAGGAAUUCGUCCCAGUCCCAGAGGAGGCGGAAGCAGAGAUGGUGACGCCGAUGGAGGCGCCUGUGGCGGCGGCGCCGGCAGCUCUGACGGUGCUGUCCGCGCCGCCUAGGCGGCGGCGCCGAUCGAUGCGCGUGGCUGCUCCGCUCCCGGCACCGCCACCGCCGGUGCUGAGCGGGUUCGAGAAGGAGACGGAAGACGUCGCGCUCUGCCUCCUGAUGCUCUCGCGCGACACCGGCAUGUGGAGCUCGCCGGCCAAAGAGGAGCCUUUCGAGAGCGCGGAGAAGCAGGCGGGCCUCCCAAGAAGCGGUUACAAUUCCGACGACGACUCAGCUCUGCACCAGCACGGCGACGCCAAGAUCAAGGGCCGCGUCGCCAAGAGCAGCAAGCGAGGCUCCCCGAAGCAGCGACGCGAACGCGAUCCCGUGGCGCCUAAGCGGACCCGGUACGAGUGCCCGGGGUGCGGCAAAGUUUUCAGCUCGUACCAGGCGCUCGGCGGCCACCGCGCGAGCCACAAGCGGAUCAACGCCAGCUGCAGCUCCCCCAAGGUCACCCCCGUCGCGUCCCCCGCGCCGGAGCCAAGCACCGAGACGUACGCUUCGUUCAACACACUGUCCCCCUCCGCGUCGCCGGACUCGGUGGCCAUCGGCUUCGGCAAGCCCAAGGACGACGAGGCGGUGGCCGACGCGGCCGUGGAGAAGUUCGAGUGCGCGGUCUGCUUCAGGGUGUUCGCGUCGGGGCAGGCUCUCGGCUGGCACAAGCGGUCGCAUUCGCAUCUGAUGCCCUCCGAGUCCGACGACGUCGAGCUCUACUACGCCGGCGGCGCCGGCGCGGAUCACCAGGAGCAGCAUUCAGCAGCCGUGGACGGGUUCCUUGAUCUCAACUUCCCACCGGCUGCACCGGAGGAGGCUUGAAGCUCGGCUGCGCUGGCUGUACUGAACCAAGCUUGAUCCGCAAGUGAUCAAUAAUGGGGGGUCUGUACAGGUUGAUUCAAUUCAAUUCAUUUUUUCCAAGCUUAAGGGAAUCUUGGAGGAGGAAGAAGAUUAAGAAGAAGAGUUCGAGUUAAUUUUCUCCCAGGUUACUUAAUGUUUUUUUUUUGUUUUCUUCUUUAGCAUUUCUGUUCUUCAGGGCACACUAGUAGAUCAAUAAGCCUGCCUAUGAGGCUAUGAUGAUAUUAUUCUGAGCUGGAGUAGCCGAGCUGGUUCAGUUUAGCGGAUGCUAAGAUUAGCUCGAAAGCUAUCCCAUCUUCUUACUCGGUCAGUUUGUUAUUUUUAACUUUGGCAUCUGCUUGCUCAAGUCCAUUAGCAAUUCCCCCGCGAA